CCCAUCCCCCAACCAAUGACCUGAGGCAAUUCUCCUACCUCCACUAGUCAAACAAGCCCGCCUUGUUCUGAUGGCUUUUUUGAGCAAUUAACUUACAGUUACCUCCCGAAGUUCCCUAAAUUUCCUUCUCUAUCUAUAAUCCUUUAUUGGGACUUCUAUGGCGUGGAGCUGUGCCUACUCCAUCCCUAUCAUUGUCACAGUAAGAAAUAUAUUUUACUCCAUGCACAGGGGCGCACAUCCACACAGACAUGUAUAAAAUGAAAUCAAAAAUAAAUUUAUGUGCGAGGAUGUGUGAGGAGCUUGUUUCUAUCACACACCACUGCGUGUGGUGUAGCAGGGGGUGCUGGAGGGCAACCCAACCAGGCCGCGCCCCUCCCAGCCCUGGGUCUGACGCCCCCCGCCCCCGCCGCCCCACUGACCCCAGUCGCCGCCCCAGUGGGAGGAGGGCUGGCUGGGCGCGACUCCGGGCUGCUGAGGCGGCUCCUGGGUGCCGAUGCCUGCGGCCUCGGAUCUCGAUGCGGCGCAGAAUGGAGACUGAUGAGCAGGGCUGCGUGGCCGCGUGGUGGGAUAUGGUGGCCAGGAACCUGCGAUCUUUUCCACACUCCUGUUCAACACUCGGAAGAAAAAUUGCCACUCUACAUGACAGCUUUACAAGUAAAUCAUUGAAAGAACAUAUUUUCCCUCCUCUUAUGGACAUGCUGAUUUUUUUUAACUUUUUCAAAGCACCAUUUCUUGUGGAUUUAAAGAAACCGGAGUUAAAGAUUCCUCACACAGCAAAUUUCUACAUCCAAGCUGAACCUGGGGUGAUACUGGGAAUCUGGCACACCGUUCCCAGCUGCCGGGGGGAAGAUGCUAAGGGGAAGAGCCGUUGCUGGUAUGAAGCAGCCCUGCGUGAUGGCAACCCAAUUAUUGUUUAUCUUCAUGGCAGUGCACAACACAGGGCAGCUUCUCAUAGACUUGAGCUAGUAAAGGUGCUGAGUGAUGGUGGUUUUCAUGUUUUGUCUGUUGACUACAGAGGAUUCGGGGACUCAACGGGUAAGCCCACAGAGGAGGGACUGACUGCAGAUGCUAUUUGUGUCUAUGAGUGGACCAAGGCAAGAAGUGGUACCACCCCUGUGUGUCUCUGGGGCCACUCUCUGGGUACAGGAGUUGCAACAAAUGCUGCAAAAGUUCUAGAAGAGAAAGGAUUCCCAGUUGAUGCUAUUAUCCUGGAAGCUCCAUUUACCAACGUGUGGGUUGCAACUAUCAAUUAUCCCUUGUUAAAGAUUUACCGGAAACUUCCAGGAUUUUUACAUGAGGUUAUGGAUGCCCUGAGGAGAGACAAAAUAGUCUUCCCUAAUGAUGAAAAUGUUAAAUUCCUGUCUUCACCCCUUCUCAUCAUACAUGGAGAGAAUGACAAAACAGUGCCUUUGGAAUGUGGAAAAAAGCUCUAUGAAAUUGCACACAAUGCAUAUAGGAACAAAGAGAGGGUGAAGAUGGUGAUCUUUCCUCCUGGCUUCCAACACAACUUCCUUUGUAAGAGCCCCAUACUGUUAAAAACUGUGAGAGAUUUCCUGAGCCAGCAGUGGGCAUGAGGUGUGAGAGCUGCGGAGGGUGAAGACUUGGUCCAAACAUCAUCUGUGAUGUGUAUUUUUUACAUAAAAAUUGUACUGCGCUGCCUGGGUGAGCUGCAGUCACUGACAUUUCCACAGGUCACUGCCAUUUUAGUAAGGGACAGCAGGGAUGCUGGGCAUUAUAGAACAUUCUCGUUUAGCCUAUCAGAGUUUACUUUGUGAAAAGUACUGAAACGUCACUGUGGAGAAUCAGAAUUUGGUAAAGAUUGGAUCCCAUCUAAAAAUGUAUAGUUACCAAACAUUCUGGGGACAUUUGUAGAUAAGAUGGUCUUUGAUUUGGACCUAGACAGCAGUAUAAGAAAGGGGCUCCAAUGUAAUUAAAUAAUUUGUAUUUCAGUUUACUUAAUCUAAAUGGCAUUAAAAAGCUCCCAGCUGUUUUCUAGCUUUCCUAAUAGCAUUGGGGAAAGUCGUAGAAUGCCACUCAGUCUGCUAUAAAAUAGUAAGAUUGGGCACUCAUGUAGUCUUUGGAAAUAGACACUUUUGCCCUAACAUAGUCAUACAUUUUCCCUCCCAAUUCCCAGGAUACUUGACUGGAUUUUUAGCUAACAAAAGUGAAACAAAAUCAAAGAAUGUUGUAAAAAUGUUCAAAUCCAUUAAGACGCUAUUUUUUCUAGGAGGAAUUUUACAACUUACUUUCCAUUGGCUUUGUGCACCCCACCGCUGGGUUCACUGGACAGGGAAAUCUUUAGGUCGGAAGGCUCCAUGUUCCAGAUGUCCCGGGCGUACUCCUUAAUUGUUCGGUCACUGGAGAAUUUCCCUGCGGCGGCUAUGUUUUUCAGGACCAUGGUGUUCCAGGCCUUUGGAUUCUGUAGACAACACAAGCAUCUAAGGGCCAGGGCCUGAGUGCCCACCAAGUUUUAUGACGAAUAUCAGGCCAAGCACAUCCAAGUACAAUUCAUGGAGAAAGUAACAGGAAUAAAUUGUAAUGAAUCAUAAAUACGUUGGUUUCACAGUUGGGAGCUAGGUAGGGCAGACUGCUUUUCUCCUAUUUAAGAUUAUAGUUCUCUAAAAUGAAAAAGAAAGUAUUUUCAAUAUAAGUUCCCUAAUUGGUAAUUUUUGCUCUGGUUAUAAUGUUUUGACAUGUAAGCUGUAUUUCCCAUGCUUCAUUUUGAAUAAAGAUACCUCAUCUCCCUUUAAACUACAGGGAGAAGGAAGAGACUAACAUUCAUUGUCUGCUGGGUGCCACAUAAGAAAUGUACCCUGUGGCUCAUGGCUACAGCUUCAGGAACACUGCUUAGAGUGUUAGCUAUCAUAUAGGCAAACAAGUCCAUGUGAGCCUUUAUUCACUGACUUCUCUUUUCUUGUUCUUUCUGAAGGUAGAUACUCCAGUAGGUUUACACUGAAUCUCAAAUACUCCACUGGGGUUUGAAAACAUGAUGAAUGAAGGCUUUAUCCUUAAUAAAAUAUGUAAUAUUCAAGUCUCAUGAUUUUAUGUAAAA